AUGUCCCCUUCCCCAGCGCGUGCCAACCAUUCUGUGUGUACCACUGCUCCUUCGGUGCUCAAGCUCGCAAUUGCCAACCGCCGUGUUCCUGGCCGGGAAACCUUCCUGGGGAGCGCUAAAGGCGGCGAGCGCCUGUUCUUCGUCGCCGACUUAGCAGCUCGUCGGUGCUUCCUUGUGGAUAGUAGUGCAGAGAUUAGUAUCCUCCCGGCCAGCAAGGCGAACAAGUGCAACUUCCCGAUUUACCACCUGACCGCUGUCAACAACACCAGCAUUCCCGUUUACGGAGAUCAGUCAGUGACACUAAACCUCGGCCUACGUCAUUCCUUCCCCUGGAUAUUCAAAAUUGCAGCCGUUGACCAGGCUAUUAUCGGAGCAGAUUUUCUGCAGCAUUUUGGUGUGCUCUAUGAUCCACCUGAUUGGACGAAGCCCGUUCGCCACGACGUCGUCCAUUAUAUCAACGCAUCGGGGCCUCUGGUGCACUUCAAGCUGCGUCGUCUUGCCCGUGAGAAGUGGAAUAUCGCUCGCAGCGAAUUCGACCAUAUGUUGGCUAUUGGGAUCACCCGCCCCUCCUCCAGCAAUUGGGCAUCUUCCCUACAUAUGGUCCCCAAGAAAACCGGAAACUGGCGGCCAUGCGGGGAUUAUCGAGCCUUGAACACUGCUACGAAACCCGACCGCUAUAAGCUGCCCAAUAUACAGGAUUUCACCAUGAACCUCGCCGGGACCAAGUAUUUCAGCAAAAUUGAUCUAACUAAGGCAUACCACCAAAUUCCCGUAGCGCCAGAGGACGUUCCGAAAACAGCCAUUGUGACACCUUUUGGGCUCUUUGAAUUCCUGUGA